GCUAAGUGUUUCACAACGUAAUGACGAGAGAUUCAUUUAAUCGUUCAUGAUAAUGGAGUAGGCUUGAGUUUAUAUAGGCAUUCAGGUAUACCACAACACAACCAGCUACUGCAGUGUAUGGCAUUGCUCAUUAUAGUAUAGUGCUCAGCAGUACACGCACAGUGUCGAGGACAAUUUAAAUGCAACCUGCCAGUAUGACAACAGACUCGAUGAAGGGAGAAAUGGACUCAAAUACAAGCGAUGAUGUACUAGGUCCACUAUCUGGUACAACCUACCUGUGUAUAGGUAUUUACCAAACACUAAUGGGCCUGUCAUCUAUACUUUGUAAUGGAUUUGUGAUCAUAGUACUGCUGAAAGGUAAACCAAAAUAUAACGUGAUGCACAACAUCCUCCUGCUAAACAUGGCUAUCACUGACCUUCUGAUCUCAGUCAUCGCUUACCCUUUGUCCGCCUCCUCCAGUCUUAACGGCAGCUGGGUUUACUCUGAUGAAACCUGUGUUUUCUACGGAUUCUGGGUAUUCUGCCUCGCUAUGGGGAACAUGAACACACUUGCAGUCAUCGCCAUUUGCCGUUACAUUGUUGCUGUCAGACCAGAAUACAAUUAUCUUUUAACGAAGAAAAAUGCAAAAUACUUCUUGUUGGUGAUAUGGACGUAUGCAAUAUUAUGGACUGGCCCACCUUUAGUAGGUUGGAGCACGUAUACUUUCGAGGCAUACCGAACGUCAUGCACCAUCAAUUGGGGAGGCCGAUCUCUCUCGGACAAGACCUACAACGUUACUAUUACAUUCACGUGUUAUUUGUGUCACCUCAUCAUAUGUUGUUUCUGUUAUUAUCACGUGCUAAAAAAGUAUGUUACGGCAAAUAAUUCAAACAUUGGGAUAACUUUACGAUCUUCCAGUGUCAAGCAACAGAAUACCGAGGAAUCUUUCAACGUGGAGGCUGUAGUUUCGUACCACAAAGUAACCACGUCACGAAAAGUCACCACGAUGUGCAUCGCCAUGUUAUUUUCCUAUCUGUUCGCCUGGACACCGUACACGGUCCUAAGCAUAUGGGUUAUGUUUGUCGGAGACGUGGAGCCGUGGGUGCACGUCAUACCGACAAUGAUGGCUAAAACCUCAACCUUAUCAAACUCAAUCGUAUAUGGUAUACUGAGCAGCAAAUUCAGGGAAUCAGCCAAAGCCAUGUUCAAACGAAACCGGAACCGCGUAGCGCCUGCAAGCAUAACAACCCACAGAAACCAAACUGACUCGGUCGCCACUUCUAGUCGAAGUCAGAUCCAUCCAACAGCAGUGACGGAUCACCCCAGACCAUGGGACAAGCACCCAAAAGGACGAUGUCAUACCUACAACGUUCAUCUUAUCAAAAAUGACGUAUACAUUGGGAAGAAUUCAGUCACCCUUCCUCAUGAAGAACAGCCAUUUUGACCUUACUCUGGAUUAAUUGAUCUGUCAUCUCUUUGAGAACGUAUCAUAGUUCUACUUGAGAGAACAACUUAGCUUAUAUAACAUUAGGAAUGUAUCUCCCUUUCUACUUGAGAAAUAAAGAGUUAUUUUGGGAAUUAAGGUGUUAAGGCCUAACGUUUGGAAGAUGUUUCCAUUCCAGAUGCAAAAACAAUUAAAUUAACCUGACAUUGAAAAGGUGUUGCCGUUAAACAAUAUUUUAGGGAAAGAAUAAAAUGUAAUUAAAGUUAAUGCCAAGCAUUGAGAAUGUGUUGUGACUCUUAACGAAAAACAAUAAUAGUUAAUACAUGACAAUGGGAUGGUGUUUUCAUUCUACACGGAAAAUAAAUGAUGUUACCUAAUGUUGAGAUGGUGUUUUCGUUCAUCAGAAGAACAUUAAUGUGACUAAAUAUUAGGUUGUUGCUUUCGUUAUUCAGGAAAAACGAUCAAUGUGACCUAGCAUUGGGAUGGUGUUUUCGUUCUUCAGGAAAAACAAUCAAUGUGACCUAGCAUUGGGAUGGUGUUUUCAUUCUUCAGGAAAAACGAUUAAUGUGACCUAAUAUAACAUUAAGUUGUCGUUUUCGUUCUUCAGGAUAAACGAUUAAUGUGACCUAAUAUUAGGUUGUUGUUUUCGUUCUUCAGGAAAAACAAUCAAUGUGACCUAGCAUUGGGAUGGGGGUUUUAU